UUGAAGAAGUGAGUCUGCCUCUGGGCAUUAAUGCUGGCUUGAAGUGGCUUACAGUGACUGUGACAGAGUGGCAUAUGACAGCCUAAAACAUAACUUCGGUAUAGCAUGAUUUAAAGCACAGCGUAUCUUUGUGAAAAUAGAAGCUGAAACAAUAUUGUGUUUUAAUGUCACCUCAUCCUGGGGCCAUGCAUAGAUUGUUUGUUCUUCCAGCCGCAUGGUACUUCCAAAAAUGCCAUUUUAGUGAUGCACAUCUGUAGAUCUGUCCUGAUUCCUUCCAGCCCUUCAGACAGUUAUGCUUUCUUUUGUCACUUGGAAACAAAAGAGUUUUUAAAAAUCAGAAACUACUGUAGACAAAAAAAUGCAAGUCACUAAUCUGAUCCCAGUGUCCUGAUUUUUACAAUGGAAUAGCUCUGAUUAGUGCCAGACAUUUAGCAAGCUAUGUGAUUAUGUUGUUGGGAACUACAUUCCAUCUGUAUUUUCCCUGCUAUUAUAUCCACACAAACCCCCUGUUUGAAGGCAGUACAGUACAUAGCUCAGGGCUGGCUUUAGGUGCGUGUCUGCCUGGCAAGCAACAUGGGAUGACAGCUACUAAAACAUGACUUAAUAUCUGUGAAGUCCGGAGGAGAUUUUUUGCUUGUCAAAAACUAUGGGGAGGAAAAAAAUGUGUGAAAUGAUGGAAAGCAAGUAGCAUGUAAUAGUCUGUGUUUUUUCUGCCUUCCAGAUUUGGCACCCACAAAUUCCAGAUAUCCUUGUGGACAGUGUUGCUGAUAAUGGCCCAGUGAUGGGCAAAAUUGUGGACCAGAGAAACCAAAGACAAGGCAAGACAUAAUAAAGCAGUGAAGAGAAACUGAAGGGAGGAAGUGUUACCCGCAUUACUGAUCAAGAAACUUUCUGAAGUAUUUGGACAAACUACAUAUAUAUGUAGAAAAAUCUGAAAAGCUUGGAAGUGUGCAGAGAGCAUGGGUUAUGAUAUUGAGCGUUUCGUUGGCUACGUUAAUGAAGGGCUGUUAUGCUCCAUCUGCCGUGAUGUGUUAGAAGAUCCAUUACAGGCUCCUUGUGAACACGCUUUCUGUACUGCUUGUAUACAUGGAUGGCUUGUUCAUCACAGUAACUGCCCUGAAGACAGACAAAUGAUUGACGUAUCUUUGCUACGACCUCUCUACAGAUAUAUGAAAAAUGAUUUAAACCGUCUUCAGCUACAUUGCAAAAACAGAGAGUAUGGCUGUGAAAUGGUUUGUUCUCUGGAGUCUAUAGACAGGCAUGAAAGGGAGUGUGAAUACAGUCAGAUACCUUGCUCCAAUGCUGGCUGUACAGUUCAGAUUGAACGACGUAACUUAGAUGGUCACCUGGCAGUGUGUGAAUAUCGGAGCCGUGAAUGCCCCAAUGGUUGUGGUUACACCAUUCUCAGUGCAGAAGACUCACAGCAUAAUUGUGUAGCAGAGCUAAGAACUGAGCUAGAACUGCUUCGGUCAGAAAUGAUCUGCAGAGUGGAGGAGGCAAAACAUGAGAUGGAGUCAAGGUUAGAUUCACAGAGAAGGCAUAUGGUCCAAAAAGAGAGUAUCCUGCAAAAUGAAAUUGAAGAACUAAAGAGUCAGAUGUCACGAAUGAUGUCGGAUGUACGAUCUCUGAUGGCUGCAGAGAGACAGCACCGUCAAGAGCUGGAGCAGGCAGAGCUAGAAAAACGGGAAUUAAUGGAGCUGCUGAAAGGGCUGCAGAAGGACUGUCGAUUAACUACUGCAGAAGGAAGCAGGAAGUCAACAAAUUUCCGCCCUCUGACUCGACUAGAGAGUGUAAAACGAAAACCUAGGGAAGUUACAGUUAUCUAAACAGAAGUAAGCUCAAAAAAGCAUUUUUUUUUCUGAUUUCUGUGACCAUCUGGCAAACUUUUCUACUUUCUGUGAAUGACUGGUAAACUUUAUAUAAUUUCUGAUUUAUUUGUUUUCUCUUAAAAUCUAGCUUACUACUUUAUUUCCUCUUGAGACAUAAAAACAAAUGGGGGAAUUUUCUCUUGGGGAACACUAGGCAUUAAACCCAGUAAUUGGCAAAUACAUUUUUAGCUAAUGUUUUUAUAAAAAGGGGGAAGGAGACUUAAUUUAUUAUCUCUUCAGUGCAUCAUUUACAGAAGUCUUUCAAGCCUGAAAGCUGGAGCCUUUUAAAGUCUGAGAUAGUUAAUGGCUGUUUCCUUCCUGGUCUAUUAUAAUCUGUUUAAGUCUAGUUUAUGCUUUUCCUUGAAACAGAAAGAAAAUGUUAUCAUCAGUAAUGACAUUCAGGAUGUACUUAAUUUUGGGAAAAGUCAGUAAUUAAUAUAUUUUGUUUGUUUAUAGUCUGUAGAAGGUCUAUUUCAAAGGUGGAAAGAAAGCACUUUAAAUUGUAUUUCUACUGCUAUGUAACAGCUUCAGGUGAGGUUGACCUUUCACUUAGAGCUUCUCUAAUGUUCCAGGUUGGUAACACACUGAAGAGAAUAAUACCAAAGUCCAAGGUAAUAGUCACGUAAAACCUUUUAAAUAGAUGUGGGAGUAAUUUGGAGUUUGUGGGAAGGGAUCUGCAGUUUAUUUAAAAAUGUGAAGCUUUAAUAUGUGAAAGUAUCAACUAUUUCUACAGGGUUCUUUAAGCUUAAGACCAGUCCCUUCAAUACUCAGUGUCUUGAGAGCAUAUAUAUAUAUACAUAUACCUAUAGUAUCCUUAAUUUUCUUUUGGCAGGUUUAAGGCUACAUGAACAUUAAUAUCCACAACAGAUGAAUAUUUGCGCAGUCACUUUGGACUUCAGAUGUGUUCAUUAGUACUCAAGUUUGGGAUUGUGUAAGAGCUAGGAUUUUUUAACAGACCCAAAAACACUCAAUCAAGAGGGCAUUUACUUGUAAGGACUGCAUGACAAAUCUGUACAGUUCAAAGACUUUUCUCUAAACUUCUCACACAGCCUGUUCUUGUUGUUUUCAGUGGUAUAACUAAGCCAUAUUCUGUCUGUUGCAGCUCUUCAGUGGAGUAACUAGGGAGGAACAUGGCCUCCUGUUUGCUGAAUGUGCUAAAUCAAUUUUGAACUUUCAGGAAAAUGUGUGCAGGUGCAACAAUCUGAAUAAGCUAAUUUAAUAGUUUAGAAAGCAAAUACAUUACCAUGCAUGCCUUGCUGUCACUCAGAGCAACACUUUUAUGGCUAACAGUAUAACCAAAGAGAGAGGCAGAAACCUUCGUUAGCACAUACACUACAUUAUGAGGACUUGCAGUCAGAGCUGUCUUAAUUUCAGGCAUUAAGGAAAUCCUUCUAAGAUGCUGUUUCUUUAGUACCACUGAAGCAGACGUGCACAUGUUCAGGCCUUGUGCAUGUAAAAACUGACAGAAAUAACUCUUUUGUAAAAGUUUAUUUUUUUCUGAAAGAAAACAUUCAUAACAAGAGUUAUGUCCAAAUGUUUAGUUGUUUUCAGUCCUUAUAUUCUAGAUUACAUUACAGUCAUUGCCAGUAUUUAGGUCACUAUAGCUGUCUCAUCAACUCCUGACAUAGCACAUCUCUUAAAUUGCCAUAGUUAACAAUCUGAAACAGUAAAACAGUAGCUAUAAUUUGGGAAGACCUUCAUUCACACUAAACAUUCAGUGGUCAAUUCACAUACAACAGUGCAUAUUAAAGCUGUAGGUAGAAAGUAAGAAUGCUUUUGUUAUCUUGUGUUCUGAAUAAGCAAGCUGUUAAGUGUCUGGUCUUCUGUGAGACUGUUUCAGCAUUCACACUAAUUUUGAGGCUUCUUGGCAACACCAGAUUUCAUACUAUUAGAAUCAGUCCGUGCUUUUCUGUGUACUGUAACUGUGUGGUUCUGUGAUGUGACCUUAUCUACUUUGCUUAAUGUGAAAGAACAAAAUUACUUCAAAAUCUUACAGAACUCAGAUGAGCUGGAUCAUCUUUCCCAAGUUCAAGGGCAGUAAUAAUCACCCAAUCUUUUCUAUUCUGACCAUGGAAAAAAGCAAGUUAUUAGCUCUGUGCUUUUUCCAUAAUGGGGUCUCUGCAUUUGUUUGUUUUAGGAAUUUCACCCACUUAUUUAUGACUAAAUUCCUUCUAGUAUAGGAAGUAGGGUUUAUUUAAUAUUUACUUAGCAUUUGGUCUGCUGUCUGUCCCCUAAGUAACAGACAUGAAACUGCGUGAGAAAUGCACCCUAGGUGGUAAGGAAGGAUUUUCUGUUGUGUAAUCUUUGUAGCUUCUAGUUGCCAGUUCUGGAGAGUCUGAACUUCCAGUGUUGAAAUGUAGCAACACUUUGGGCCCAGCUGCUGCUGGAAUGGCCUGUUAGCCUGGGUUUCCUUCAGCAGCAAAAAUGCACUUGCAGAGAUACUUCACAUGAGCACAUAGUAGCUAAAAGCACCAGAUCCCUCCAGUAACUUUAAACUUAAUCCCAUUCCUUUAUGUUGAUAACUGUUCUGCACUGCUAAUGAACCACUCACAGGAUGGCAUAUGCUGAAGUAUGGUCAUCAUUUUACCUGUCCUAUAAUUAACUAGUCUGAAAUUAAAUAGUCCAUUAUGUUAAUAUUUUAUCUACUUUAAGCUUUUCCUGUCUCAUGUAUUACACAGCUCUUAAUAGCAGCUGGCAGAAGCAAGAGAUUUUUUUCUUUCUUUCAAAUAGUUGUUAAUACUUUUUAUAAAAACUAAGGGUCCAAAUAUCUUAGUAGAUGGUGUGAGUGAAGACAUUCACUUGGAAAUGCUACUCUGCUAGUCAUGGUCAUAUUUUAGGAUUAUAUGAGAGACACUGCUAAAAGUGCAUUACAGGAGGGCUCCAGCACUGAAUUACUGGUAUCAGUAUUCUCAUACUAAAUCACACUUUAAUCAGUUCCAUUUCCUCAAAGUGGAACCGUGCUGAGAGCAAGCAGAACUAUUACUCAAGUGGACCAGUAGCCAUGUAAACAGUUGUAUUUUUCGAUGCUUCUAAUAGCACUUUGCAGCUAGAAGAGGGAGAGCAAAGACUGGAGCCAGGAGAGUGGAGAGAAAGAGUAAUUGUGGUCCGACUCUCUUCCUUCAGCCUGAGAGCAACGAUGCGGCUUGCCCCAGCCUGUGCCACCAGCUAACUAAACCACUGUAAACUGCUAGCUUGUGGCAUUACCAUUAACAUAGCGUUAGAAUUAAAAGGAGAUUAUCUGCAGUUAAGUGGGUACGAAAUGUAGUAGUACCAAACCUGGGAGAUUCACAAACAAAACUCACAAGAAAGCAAGCUGUUAAGUAAAGUAUGUGAGACUACAAGGCAGUACAAGGUCUUGAGCAAAUCCUUAUCAUGUGUUAAAUUGGGUGAAAAAGAAUAAGGAUGUAUUUAAAGAAAUUAAUAUUUUAAAGCCAAGUGGUAAAUUUGUCUUGGAAAAAAAAUCAACAUCUACAUAUUUAUCCCGAGGACCCACUAGUGGCCUGUUAUGUGCAACUAGUUCCCUUAAACUGGUUUUCCACUUGAGAGGGAGGUCAAAUCAAAGACAAAACAUUGUUUCCUCUGUUUCAGUCAGCAUUAAAACUACCUUCCCUUUUCUCCUGCACUCCUCCCAAAGCAAAAAAUGGUUGGUGGGCUGGGCCAGUAUGGACCAUUGCUGCAAGUAUUACUUUAUUUAAAGCAGGAACAGUAAUUUUGGGGAGAGCUUUGGGAAGUUUUAGAUGAGUUUCAGAAGGCAUUGAACUGACAACCGUGCAUCUGAGUCAGGUGCAGGAGUGGCACAGAAUUUUUCUGGACUUGCUAACUAAUGUGGCAGGUUUUAGUUAGUAUGAUUCUAGUACUAGAUUAACAGUCUCAUAUGAGAUAAAUUAAUUUAGUAGCACACAUAAACAAAGUUUCUUGUCAGCACAGAAGGGAAUGGAAUUACAUGGUCAAGCAAAAUACCUAAUAUAAUGAAGUAUUUUGACUGGCAAGGAAUGUUUUUAUCUCAAAUGUUAAGUCUUUUUAAGAAGUUUAAAGUGUUAACAGAUCCCAGGUGGCAAAGAGUUACAGAGAUUUCUAGAAAUGGGUAGCCUUGCAAAUGAAAUUUUCCAUGUGCUGUCCUCUUGGAUGUUUCUGGCAUGGUGCUUUUCUCCAGCCAUUUUACUUAGAAGUGCUGGAUAGUCUUUAAAAUGAGCAGUACUAGCCUUGCCUUUCUCCUGUACUGCUUGUCAGAUGAAGUAUGGUAGGUCAGGGAGAUUUUACCACAUAGAUAGAUGCCUUUAUAAAGACCUACAAUUCUAUGCAACUUUCUAUUAACAAAUAAACAUUGAGCUGUCUUCCAGCAUUAUGGUUCACUGCCAAUCUAUUUACAUUUUCUACCUUUAUAUACACAAGAAGGAUAAAACAGUGCUUAACAGAUCUUUAUCUCUGGUCUGUAAAACAGGAACACUAUUUGUAUCACUUUGAAGUACACUUUGUAUAAAAGUUGAACUAAUAAAGGGUCUAUACUGUAAUUGAUGCAGUUUGUUUCGCUUUUUUCUGUUACAGAAGUUUGAGUUCCCUCUUUGUCAGAUGAAAUAGCAAAAUUUAGGUAUGUGGGCUGCAGAGUUCAGGAACCCAUGAAUAAACUACACUAUAGGGUUAGUGCACUGGAGUAGGUACGGCUGUAUUUGCCAAAUAGAGGGAGGGUAUAGCAAAAAACAAGGCAGGCGUUCAGUGAAGCAAUAUCCCUUCCCAGGGAUUUUUUUCCUGCCUCACAGAUGGGGGUCUUUGAAUGGCUUGAGCAGCUGUUUUGAGGCAGAGAGCUAGCAACUACAAAAGUAUGACACUCCAGUCCUCCAAAGACAGCAGGAAAGUAAACAGGCAAAAGGGAAAAAUCAAUUCAUUGUCAAUCACCUAAGGAGCUCUCAUCCCUAGUGCAGAUUUUUCACAGACCCUCCAAGAGCCUAUGUGGGAUAUGAACAUGUAAGAACAGGAAAAUGAGAGUUGUUCAGAAGUUACAAUCAGAGAUGCGUUUGCUUAAACAUGAAUGAUCUGCCCACGGGGCACUCCAGAGCACAAUUUUGCUGCAUGCACUGCUUUGCACCAACUGGCUCGAGCAUAUUCUUUUACCUGACGGGAAGAGUUACUAAGCAGGGAAAAAAGGCUGAAAGCCUGAACGUCACAACUGCAGAGCGCAGUGGAACAGCUUGCAGAUAACCUGUGUAUCUGCUCAUACCUGUCCAUCUGCAUCUGGCAUUCAGCCAGUACAGAAUAAUACAGACUACACAGCUGCUAAAUUUUGAAAGUACAAAAAAAAAAAGCACACACAACUUCUCACCCUCAUCUCAGUCACAAACCAUGCAUUUGUCUGUCCGUUAACUGGGACAUUCACUGAACCAAGGCAAUUCUUGCACAUUUCAGCCAGAAGCACAGUCUCUGUUAAGACAGUCUCCUUUUUUACCACACGCCAUUGCCCACACAUGGUUGGUUUACUCAGCCACAGGACUUCAGGACGGAGAACUGUAGUGCACCAGGGACUCGUUUUGCCUUACUUGCUCCUCCCGAGCAUUUUGCUCCUCAGGUAAGCAUAUGAUUGACUAAACAGUAUUUUGACAUUGGCAUUAGCUGUGUCCAGCGUUCUGGUGCUCCAGUCAGGAAAUAAAACUUGAAAAUUUCUUUUUGGGCAGAGUAUAAAAAGAAAAAUUUAAUGCUUAAGGUGUUAUUUACUCAUGGUACGAAUCCUGUUUAAAAGAGCAAACUAAAUAACUCCCAAGUUUUAAACAGCAUUAUUUCAAGUUAAAUUUACCCAAGGAAAGAACCACUUUGCAUUGAAGGGUCACAGAAUUAAAUUCAUUUUAAAAAAACACACCAAACAAAACAUGAUAGGCUGUACUUCUAAACAAUUUACAGAGCUCCCAUACAUCAAACAGUUUAAGCAACCCUUUAUUUCCUCCUAGUUUGAAAAUGACUAGUGUGACAUGCCAUGUAUUUUAAACUUUCAAGAACCAGUACUAUUUACAUAUUUAUUCCAUGCUUGACACUUUUCAGAUUCCCUGACAAAACACAAAUUAUUCAUAUCCCUGCUAGUUUUCAACACAGUAAAGUUUCUAAAAAAAUAAAACAACCUUAAACACAUGGUCUAAAGGAGCUAGUCAGCUUAAAAAAUAUUUAUGCAGUGCUCCUUAAAAAAAUAGCAUUAGUACCUGUAAUGCCUGUGAGAGCCCCACCCAUUUUAGUCAUUACAAUUGCAUUAUUAGUAAAAUUACAUCUUCCUGUUAUUUUACCAUUCAGAAAAUUGUUUGGCUUCCAAUCCAAAUCUUUGUUCACUUUGCUUAAAGCAUUGAAAUGCAUACCUUUGUGAAGCGAUACUAUUCCCUUUAACUGCACCCAGUCAAUUAAUAGAGGUUUACCACUUUCAUAGGUUAUGUCCAUUGACUUUGUGCAAACUAAACACCUCUCAAACAGUGGGACGCUGUCCCAGAGUCUCCACAUACAGAAAGUACACAUAACGGGCCUUCUGCAGUUCAGAUGAAAACCUACUUAAUUUAGCCAUGCAGUAUAAAGCUAAAAAAAAAAAAAAAAAAUUCAAUUUGAAGUAUUAUCAUACUUCAGAAGCACUUAAACUAGGGUGUUUGAGUCUAAGCAGACGAGCUGUCCAAAGUUAAGAUUACAUAAAACAAGAACAUUACAACUGGGCCUUAUUUAAGUAGGCAAAGACCCCUUUACAGCACUUCUGUAAUGUCAAGAGACCAAAGCGUAAGUGAAAAUCAAGCUCAGCUAAGCAUGACAGUGGAGCUCAUUUGUAAAAAUUGUAUAUGGCCUUUAGAAAAAGCUUCCACUCCUCACCCCAUCCAAAAAUGCAAUAAAAGGCUAUUAGAAUCAGCUAAUUCUAUGAAAUCCCAUGGAGCCCAAAGGAAUGCAAACAUGUAAAAAGCUUACUUCAAUCACUGAAUUUAAUAUGAAAAUAAAUUUAGAGUUCAAUCUAGUGGUGGCACUUUAUGAAUUCCUACUACUAAAAAAUUUUUCUUUUUUCAGUCUAAGUAUAGAAACAAAAAUCUAACCCAUCUAUUCAAAGGAAAGGUAUAAGCAUUACUGCUUGACUAUGUGACUGUUUAGUUUAUACAUCUGUCUCUAUGCCUUCUCCUCAACUUAUGUAAGCCAGCAGAGAGGCAGGCGAAUAAUUAACUCCAGGCUCUCCAAGGGUACGGGUAUCUUGCCUUUCAACUUCAAAGCAUACUCUGUUUUCCAGUGAAAUAAUUCUUGUGCUCCUAAUGCACAAGCUGGAGUUGUAAAGCAAACGCUAAAAUGUUACUUUAUUCUCCCUGAAGUCAGUGACAGAUUUCCGACUAAUUUAACAGGUGUAGGAUCUUAUUUAAGUGUCUAAUCAACUACCAAAGAUGUACAACAAAACCUACAUAAAUUACAUUUACAUUUGUAUUCUUUCACACAUUAAUUAAUUUCAAUCUUCUAUUACUUGCUACUUCAACUGCUGUCAGAUGGACCUCAUUCAUUAAUAACUCAGACU